CCACACUCCACCACCUGCACCUCACCACCAGUCGGGCUAGCUCAGCUGGAUCCCAAUCGAGUAUUACUACUCUUGCUUCCCCGCAUUUGGCAUUUUUUCAUCUUUCCCUCCGAAUUGCCCUAUCGACAGUCCCUCCGCAUUCUCUCAGCGAUCCCUCCGCGAUACCUUCACCUUUGCUUUGGAUGUUUAUACUGUGGAGACACCGGGCACAACCGUAACAGCCGCAUUGAGAAAGGGAAAUUUCUCCAUGUCAACGUCGAGCCCCAGGCUGUCUGCCAGUAAGCAGAGUAACGAUGGCAAAGAGAAUACUGAUGGGGCAACGAAAUCGACGUUUGGAAAGCUGAAAUUCCGGCAUGGGAGUUCAGCCAGAUACGAUACCGACUUCGCGAAAGACCAAACAUGGGUGCGGGUCUCAGGCAAAUUGUGCUCCGAGUUCGUUGACGAGCUUCCAGAGCUAGAAGAUCUAUAUUCUAUUGUGCCAAAACCAAAGACGCCCAUUGCCACGUCAACCGCGACACCUCCAGCCGCCCAAUCAUCUCCAACAGGCUCGGCAACCCCAGUAUCAACAUCUCUACAAGAUUCGUACCUGGCUUCAUCAUCAGGAUGGACUCCCAGAUCUCUGUAUUCCGGAACGCACGUUACAUCUCCCAUCAAACGGCGGCGGACAAAUGAUUCAAGCAGCGACCGCGGAUGGUCAAUACCAGAUCCUGACGCCGACUCUUCUCUUUACCUACCCUCAUCCUUUCACGCGAGAACAACCAGUUUUCCAGGAUCGCAGUAUGGACAUGAAAAUGCUAUUGACUCGCUCCUCCGGGCGGCAGACUUCUCAGAACAAGUGAUUGAUGAAGAGACAGCAUUUGCCUCUCCGCAAAGUCAGGUUCGAGCUCCGCCUCGUGUGCCUUACGAUACACCGCGAGCUUGGUCACAGGGAAAUACACAAGAAGCAUGUUUGAUGAGGUAUUUCAUUGACGAGCUUGCUUGCUGGUUCGAUCUCUGUGAUAUGGAGCGUCACUUUGCGCUCGUGGUCCCGCAAAGAGCCCGAGAUUGUCCUGCUCUACUCAACGCAAUUUACACCGCAUCUGCAAGGCAUCUCUGCCGAAUCGACCAAUACAAGAAACAGAACUCAGUAGAGUAUCUCCAGAAAUGCCUCGCUGAUCUGCAUAUCGACACCGCGGUGGAGUAUCACAGCCGCUGCAUCCAGCACCUCGUGUCCGUCUCAGACGAUCCGGAUGCGGUAUACGACGAGAACCUGUUAGCAGCAUCCAUAAUACUACGUUUUUACGAGGAACUAGAUGCACCCCUCAACGGCGGAGACUGGGAAACCGCUCUCCAAGGCACCCAAGUCUUCAUUGAAGCACAAGCCUCAUCAGGAGCCGAAAGCGGCCUCCGCCGUGCCUGUUUCCGUGUAGCAUGUCGUCAAGAAGUCUACAUGAGUUUCGUCAAACAGAGACCAUUUCAAUCGCCGCUCAACUGCGACGAGUAUCGCUCUCUCGAGCCUGCUGACGACUUCACCUGGGCUCACAGGGUUGUUGUUCAUACUGCAGAUGUGUUGAGAUACUGUUAUGGAGAGCCCGAUGCGAAGAAUGGUGAUUAUGAUGAGCUGGUGGAGUUUCAUCGUGGUUGGGAUGCGUUGAGACCUAGUUCCUUCGAGCCGAUCUUUGAGCAGGCUCCAGAUGCUUCGAAGGGCGAGUUGUACCCUGAGAUGUGGUAUUUGUCGGAUUGUCAUGUAACGGCAGUGCAGCAUUUCGAUCUCUCCAAGAUCCUGCUUACAGUCUAUGACCCCAGGAUUCCCCGCUUAGGUCCCUCUCAACGCAUCGCAACCAAGCGAAUCGAAGACGAAGUAAGCAUAAUAGUCAAGCGCCUCUGCGGCGUAGCUAUCUCCAACCGGCGAGCUCCGCCUGCAAUGAACGCAGCUUGCAUGGCUAUUGCUAUUUGCGGAGACCAGUUCACGGACCUGAGGGAACAGAGAAGUCUGCUUGAUGUUUUGAUCUAUAGUGAUACGAAACAUGCGUGGCCGACUAAUGAGAUUCAGGGUCGGUUGAAGGAGACUUGGGGAUGGGCGGCGGAGUCUGACUAAAAUCUUCUUGUAAAUUUAGUUUUGUACCUCCUAUGAACAUAUCUUUGUAUCUAUUCUGGAAUCAAUGUGUGGACUCCGUAAAAAUCAUUAUAUCAAGUUUUGACAAAUUCUUAUACUAAAUGUGGA